AUGGAGUUCAACUUUAUCAACAACGUUCUGAGGAUCGUCCAGCUUCUGUGGACGCUGCUCAUCACUGCGCUCAUCGGCAACGCCAUCGCCAGCUAUGGCGGCGCCGCGGGCUCGGCCAAGUCGGCCAUCAACUUUGCCAUGUUCGUGGCAGUACUGUCUUGGAUCGCCUCGCUCUACGGCUUGAUCUCGUCCUUCGUCACCGCCAUCGCCUCCCCCAUCGUGCUCCUCGCGCUCGAUGCCCUCGCAGUUCUCUUCACCUUCAUCGCCGCCGUGGUGUUGGCUGCCAAGCUGACUGCCGUCAACUGCGCUGACUUAAGCGGAAGAGCUAGCGACUACAUCGCCUUCGGUUCGCCGAAUGACACGAAGCAAUGCCGCCAGCUUCAAGCUAGCGACGUCUUCCUGUGGUUCCUGUUUGCCUGCUUCGCGGCCACCAUGUUCUUCGCCUUUAAGGCCUUCCGAGGCAGCGGUGGUUCCGUCCGCCGAGGACCCAACAUGUCCCAAAUCGGCGUCUAA